AUUUUAUUCUAGUACUACUAUUAAUGACAUGUCUAUAUAUGUCAAUUUUAAGUACAUACAUGUAUGGGAGAUUAAAUUUUUGAUAUGUUCACAAGUUUCUUGCUGAUGAAACAUGCGUCAAGGCAGGAUGUUGUGUAAGGGUGUUAAUUACUGAUUGGUCAUUAGUUGCCCUCAUGAAUCCAUGAAAAAGUUCUUCAUAAAGUCAUCACAAGAAGAGACCUUUUGUGCUCUCUUUACGGCAUGCAAAGGUCACGAACAGUUUAACAAAAACACCUUUGCAUACUAGUCUCCCUCCUCGUCAUACUUCAGCAACCACAAGAUUUCUUUUCUGAACUUUUUACUAAUGAACAUUCAGAAAUUUCUGUGCAAUAUUAUCUCAUGACCUGAACCAAACGAUGCUUGAGCCACGAAAUAGUAGAGGAGACAAAGAUAUAGUUUCGUCAAUUCGAGAAGUUUGUCCGGAUACUACGGAUGAUAGCGGCAGAUUUGGACUGGUUCCAUGAAAGUUGUACAGUAAGGUGCGAAUCUUGAGUUGCAGAGAUGCACCUGGAUCCGGCUAUCUAGCUUCACGAGAAUCCCAUCUCUACUCUCCUAAAUUGCCCACGAAACUGAAUUUAUGUAGGGAUUUUUAGCGAAAUUCAGACAUUUUUCACGGGGAUGGGUCGGGGAUUGUUGACUGAUAAAGCUGGAUUUGAAGAAACAACAAAAUUUUGAUAUAUGAUACCUUGAAUAAACGAGGAGUUUCUGAAGUAGUGGCAUGGUCUGUUCCAGAUGUCUCUCUGAACUUCCGUUUCAGUUUCAGUGGACCAUAUUGUUGGUGAACUGAAACGAAUAUUAUCUUCUCGUAGCCACGUGCAUUCUGUAGAUUUUCUUUUGCUCAGUUCGACACAUAGACAUCUGAGGCUAAUUAGCUCUGUUAAUCGCGCGAGUAGCUGAGAUUGGCGCCAUGGCCGGCGAGCUCAAGGUGCUGAACGCGCUCGACUCGGCGAAGACGCAGUGGUACCAUUUCACGGCGAUCGUGAUCGCCGGCAUGGGGUUCUUCACCGACGCCUACGACCUCUUCUCCAUCUCCCUCGUCACCAAGCUGCUCGGCCGCAUCUACUACUUCAACCCGGCGUCCAAGAGCCCCGGCUCCCUCCCGCCCAACGUCUCCGCCGCCGUCAAUGGCGUCGCCUUCUGCGGCACCCUCGCCGGCCAGCUCUUCUUCGGUUGGCUCGGCGACAAGAUGGGGCGCAAGAAGGUGUACGGCAUGACGCUCAUGCUCAUGGUCAUCUGCUGCCUCGCUUCCGGCCUCUCGUUCGGGUCGUCGGCGAAAGGCGUCAUGGCCACGCUCUGCUUCUUCCGCUUCUGGCUCGGCUUCGGCAUCGGCGGCGACUACCCGCUCUCGGCGACCAUCAUGUCGGAGUACGCUAAUAAGCGCACCCGUGGAGCGUUCAUCGCCGCCGUGUUCGCCAUGCAGGGCUUCGGCAACCUCACCGGCGGCAUCGUGGCCAUCAUCGUGUCCGCCGCGUUCAAGUCGCGGUUCGACGCGCCGGCGUACAGGGACGACCGGACCGGCUCCACCGUGCCGCAGGCCGACUACGCGUGGCGCAUCGUGCUCAUGUUCGGCGCCAUCCCGGCGCUGCUCACCUACUACUGGCGGAUGAAGAUGCCGGAGACGGCGCGCUACACCGCGCUGGUCGCCAAGAACGCGAAGCAGGCCGCCGCGGACAUGACGCAGGUGCUCAACGUCGAGAUCGUGGAGGAGCAGGAGAAGGCUGACGAGGUCGCGCGGCGCGAGCAGUUCGGGCUCUUCUCCCGCCAGUUUUUGAGACGCCAUGGGCGCCACCUGCUGGGCACGACGGUGUGCUGGUUCGUGCUGGACAUCGCCUUCUACUCGUCGAACCUGUUCCAGAAGGACAUCUACACGGCGGUGCAGUGGCUGCCCAAGGCGGACACCAUGAGCGCCCUGGAGGAGAUGUUCAAGAUCUCCCGGGCACAGACGCUCGUGGCGCUGUGCGGCACCAUUCCGGGCUACUGGUUCACCGUCUUCUUCAUCGACAUCAUCGGCCGCUUCGUCAUCCAGCUCGGCGGCUUCUUCUUCAUGACGGCGUUCAUGCUCGGCCUCGCCGUGCCGUACCACCACUGGACGACGCCGGGGAACCACAUCGGCUUCGUGGUCAUGUACGCCUUCACCUUCUUCUUCGCCAACUUCGGGCCCAACUCCACGACCUUCAUCGUGCCGGCGGAGAUCUUCCCGGCGAGGCUGCGUUCCACCUGCCACGGCAUCUCGGCGGCGGCGGGGAAGGCCGGCGCCAUCGUCGGGUCGUUCGGGUUCCUGUACGCGGCGCAGAGCACGGACGCGAGCAAGACGGACGCCGGCUACCCGCCGGGCAUCGGCGUGCGCAACUCGCUCUUCUUCCUCGCCGGAUGCAACGUCAUCGGGUUCUUCUUCACGUUCCUGGUGCCGGAGUCGAAGGGGAAGUCGCUGGAGGAGCUCUCCGGCGAGAACGAGGACGAUGACGAUGUGCCGGAAGCGCCCGCGACGGCCGAUCACCGGACUGCGCCGGCGCCGCCAGCUUGAUACCCCGCGGCAAAACCCAAAUGGUCAAUCAUCAGUGUUUUGUUGUAAUAUAUGUGCAAUGGAUGAUUAUUCUGGUUCUGCUAGUGUACCAAACAAAAUUACAAAUACUAGUCGUCAACCCAGGCAACGCACGGGUUACUGUUGAUAUUAUAAAUGCCACUUAGAUUAUGUAUUAAAUAUAUUUUCUAAAAUUAUUGUGGCUUAAA